CAUCAAUCGCUUGCGGAAGUGCUCAUGUUGUGCUGCCAGAUGACAGCGAAAGCAUAAGCAGCUGCAGUGACAGAUCAUGCCGCCUAAAGAUCCCCUUCUGGAGACCCUGAAAGUGUGUAUCCUAAACUUGAGCCAGAGCGAGAGCCCAGUGACCGACUCCUGUCCCCAUCUCUCUUCCUGCUGCGAACUGUUGGAGCUCAUUUUUCGGAAAGGACUACAGCAGCCUGUGUUGAGUUUGGUGCAGAGGGACUACUGGCAUGGCCUGGAGACGCUCCUUCAGAAUGACCUUUGUGGCCGACUUGGCUCAGUAUCACUGGCGGUGGAACAAACCAUUAAUUGUAAGAAGCUGCUGACAGCUCAGGGGCGAGGUCGUUAUUUCCUCAGGCUUGCAGUGAAUCGGAGGAUUCUGGGAAAUGUAGUCAAGCACAUGUUACACACACCUAAAAUCCUAGAAUUUUAUAGCACUACUAUAUCUAUUCUGAGAAAUGAGGACAUUCUGGAGCCCUUUAUGUCCCUGCUGCUGGUGAUCUCAGAGAUGGAGUUCAAGCUUAACAUUGAGAACUGCAGUUUCCUGGAUGAGAGCUGGCUUCUCCCAGUGUGUGAGUUGUACGAAGCCGUCCCGUGUCGAGAGCUGGGCAUGGUGUUAAGGUACCUGAACGGUCGUGUGUUUGUGCUGGACCUGCUGCAGGGCAGUCAGGCGGAAGUGGACGGAUUUGUGCAGCUCGGUGACAUCAUUGACGAAAUUAACGGGACUUCACUCAGGAACGCCAGUAACGGACAGGCCGGUGUGAUCCUGUCCAGGCUGAAAGGGCAGCCGCUCUCCCUGCGUCUGCUGAGGUGCCGAGACCCUGAUGGUGCUGUGUUCCGGCCCCUGGUGAAGACGCUGCGACUCCUGCAGCAGGAGAACCCCGCAGUACGCCUGGAUUCCUCCCACCUGAACCGCCGGCACGGAACCAACCCGCGCAAACUGGACCAGUCUCAGUGUCUCAGAGAAGGCAGCAGGAUUGUGUACAUUGUGCAGUUCUUGGGAAAGGCAAACAUUGGAAUGUAUGGAGGCAAGGAAGUGCUACAGUAUGGAAUUCCCUUUGUUCUGGAGAGGAGUGACUCUCGGAAGGAGGUGCUUCUAGACAUGAAGGAAACUCACUUAACGUGUACAGAAAAAAACACCAAGCUUGAAUUGUUCCAGCACCACUACCCUGAAAUAUCAUGUGUUGGGAGAUUCAGCCGUCCAGAUUACAGGAUCUUUGCCUUCUGUGUGGCGGACGUCCCAGACAGCCCCACGGCUACGGGCUUCUGCUGUGUGGUAUUGCAGGCGGCAUCGGCUCAGGAGUGUGAGGACAUCGUCAGCCGCGUAGCUGCCGGAUUCAAGCAUACAGAAUGGUCUGUAUGAGGAAACCCUACCAGCCGAAGACCAACCAUGUGUUAGUGCCAAGCCAAAGGCGGUCCAGUAUCCAUGUAUAUAAUACCCUUCCCAUUUAAGUACACCAUAAGAGUACUGUUUUAUUGAACCCCAUAUAGAUGUGAAUGUCUACCAACCGCUGACAAACAAAUAUGGACAAGUCCACCAGCCACUUCAUAGUAAAUCAUUAUUUUUGCAUAUGAACCCAACAACCAUUGUAUUUUAUCAGCAUUUGGCUGAUGCCAAGUUCACCCUCUGGUUACAGGUAUUACCGGUUUGAAAGAAAUUCCAAACUCCAGCGAUACUAUGAUACACCAUAGCCGUUUUUAACAAGUGCCAAAAACAAGUCGAAGUUUAAAAUAAAAACCACAAAAGCAAAAGCCGUCUGGUUUGACCCAUGUCGUUUAAUAGAAAGUCUACAAUGUGAUAACAUUUUCAUAAAUAGUAUUCAAUGUAGCUGCCAAGUUUUAUAUUGGAAAAAAAAUAAAAAUGACAGAAAGCAAUCAAUAUACAAUUUCUCCAAGACCCAAGUUGGAACACAGAAAAUGAGGUGAAGUUAAACAGACUGCCAGUCAAAGAGUUAUUGCAUGAAGAGAGCCUUUGAACCCCAAUGGCAGGUCAGCAACACCCAUCACAUUCUAACAGAGAACACCAUCUGAGCAACCUGAUCCUUUACCAAAAGGCCUCAUUCAACAAGAUGGAAUGUGUGCUGUGCCUUGCCACUCAGGACGAGGACAUUUAAAAAAACAGCCCGAUUCCCAGACUAAAUCCAGUUCUGAUCUGGUCAAUCCAUGUGGGAACUAGGACAGAACUGGACUAGACCCAGUCCUGAACCCACCACCUGGGAGCAGGUCUGAACCAAUCAGUCACUCACUCUAAAACAUGUCAAGUUGCAGAAUGACACCGUUUGAUCUGGUCUAUAAACACAUAGGAACAAGAAAUAAAAAUGUCCA